ACCGGUUACCUAUACGUUGUUAUCAGUAUCAUAUUAAUAACAUCAGCCAUCUCCCGUAACGGAACGAACAACAGCACAUCAAACAAGUGAACACAAUCAAGGCCAAUAGAACUAUGCUUCAAAUUUUGCUUAAGGUUCUUGUCUGCAGCUUAACUUGGCUGAGAGCAACACCACUCAAAGUGGUCCUCAGCAACGAUUGUAUCACCCCCGCGGGCAUCUACGGUCGAUGUGUGCCUGUGAGAGAAUGUCAAUAUCUUGUGGACAUUCUGCGGACGCCUAACUUCACCACCCAAGACCAGCGGUAUCUGGAUCAGUUUCGCUGUGGACGGCAGGCUGAAUCCAAAAAGAUACUGGUGUGUUGUCCUGAGCUCGGAAGUGUCCCUGGAUGUGGACGGUUAACAUUACAGGAUCAUAUUUUCGGUGGGAAAGAAACCGAACCGGAUGAGUUUCCGUGGACAGCUCUCCUGGUGUAUACAACCAAGGGUCGUCGGUCCUAUCUGUGUGGUGGAGCUCUGGUCAGUGAUCGAUAUGUGCUGACGGCGGCGCAUUGUGUGGAUUCUCUGAGAAUAAGGGCGCUCGAAUCGGUGCGUUUGGGCGAAUGGGAUCUCACCACUGUCGAGGAUUGCAAAGAUGAUCUGUCUGGGAAUACAUACUGCAAUAAAUUUCCGCAUCGAGAUUUUGAGGUUGAAAAAAUUAUUGUUCACGAGGGUUAUUCCCGUAUGAGGAAAAAUAAAGAGCAUGACAUCGCGUUGUUGAAGUUAAGUAGAGCUGCUCCGGAAACGGAUUCCAUUUCUCCGAUUUGUAUUCCUACAACCGAUAUGGACACUAAUUUAGAUGUUGAAAGGGAGUCGUUCGAUGUCACUGGAUGGGGAGCAACUGAAACAGGAGUACCGCUUAGUCAUCGCAAGCUAAAGGUCACCUUACCCGGUCAGAACAUGACCAAAUGUGUGUCGGCAUUUGCGAGAGCAAAUGUGACCUUUACCAACAACCAACUGUGCGUCGGUGGAAUACGGGGCAAGGACUCUUGCCGGGGUGAUUCCGGGGGUCCGCUGAUGGUGAUCAUCAACAAUCGCUGGCAUCUGGCCGGUAUUGUCAGCCUUGGUUCGUUAAAAUGCGGUGCGAAAGAUGUGCCCGGCGUUUACACACGGGUUGGACGUUACCUCAAAUGGGCAGGGGCGAAGAUGGAACAAGAGGAGCGAUUUAACCAAUUGUCAUGACAGUGAACUCACUACAUCGUUCAAAUGUCAACAGGGAGUUGACACGGAUGUCACAUAUUGGUAAAGUGUCGUAUAUAAGUUAUGGUAAUGAAAAAGAGAUGUUCGAAACAAUAAUAGAAUACUCAUAAUUCGGGAAUCAUAUACUUUCGAUGUGAUUCUAGCUAAAAUAUGUGUAUAGACUAUAGUGGUACACAUUUAGACAGCCAAAAUGUGCUAAAUAGACGAUAAGAAAAUUAGGUUACUCAUGUUAUAUAAUACGAGAAUGGAGGUAAUAAACAUAGCGGAGGCCUU